AUGCCUUCAACGUCUACCAUCAACAUGUUCGAGGACAACAUACUCAUUGAGAUCGAUGGUGUUGCCUCUACGUGGGAUACCUAUUGUCUUGGCCUAAAUAUAGUCACUCCUGGCUCCAAGAUAUCGGAAAGGCCAUUUGAGAGGGCUCAUCUGACUCUGGCCAUAUCUAGCGCUAAUAAGGUGUGGAGCACACUCAAGGCUGACAAUGUCAAGACAGAACCUGACUUAGUUGAGACUUGUGUAAAGUUCGAGGAGGACAAUGAGGAUUCCAUGAAUUAUGUAUUUUCAAAGGAACGUGUCUCAUGCAACCUACUCACUCAACACUGUGGCAAUCCAAAUGCAAGACCAACUGACCCAUUUGCACUGUGGCGCUACUUGGUACAGCCGUUUGAUCGGUCAACCAUUCCAUUGGAGGUCGCUAAAAGGAAGGCACUGCAUGAAGAUAUCAAGGACUAUCCAUCCAAGCGUCUUAAAUUCUGA